AUGGUAAUGCACAGAGCCCUUUUUACAUGGUUCAUCCUCCUCGUCUUUUUAAUAAUUUUAUCGCUCCGCCUGGAAACCCGAAUACACUGGAGCUGGUUCCUAAUUUUCCUGCCAAUGUGGGUAUUCGACACCAUCUUACUCAUCGACGCCCUCUUCCACAUUUUCGUUUUAUGCAAGCACGAAAACCCCCGAACAAUCUUCAAGAACAAAAACAUAACGCUUAUCGUGGUUGCGCUUCUGAAAAUCGCAGCCCAGUUGAUCCUGUGCUUGAAACUGGAGUACGAAUCGCUGCAGUUGUCCAUCUACCACGUACUGAUCCCGUUUUGGGUAUUGUUGCCCAUGCUUAUUAUCAACGUGUCGGUCACUCUGUAUAAACAUGGCAAUUAUACCCGCUCGUACUAG